CUAAGAAGAAAGUAAAAACAAACUUCAUUCUUCUCACUUGUCCCGUUUCGUCUUCCUCCACUUCCGUGCGAGCCCACGCCUUAGGAUGUCCAUGGCGACGAAGCAAGCGACCCUGCCCAGGUCGGGAGCUUUCUCAAAGGGCUACAACUUCGCGUACGCGUGGGAGAAGAACGCGCCGGUCACAGAGGAGCAGAAUGCCGCGAUCUCCGCGCUCUCGCACGCUGUGGCAGAGCGGCCGUUCCCGGUCAAUCUGGGUUAGGCUAAAAUUGAUCGGGCUGUUAUAUCAGGAAGAUGGAGGUACGGCCGUGCCAGAAAAAGAGUCUGCUUUGGAGGAGGCGGGUGCAAUGGAUGCUGUCUUGGUGAAUACACAUCAGUUUUACAAAUGGUUUGCUGAACUGGAAUCAGCUAUGAAAUCUGAGACUGAGGAAAAGUAUCGCCUCUACGAGAGUACAUUAGAGGAACGUGUUAACACAUGUGAUGACAUCCUUCAACAAGUGGAUGACACACAGAACUUAUUUGAAGAACUACAAUCCUUGCACUCAAGUGUUGCCAUAAAGACACAAACUUUGCAUGAUGCUUGCGACCAACUUUUGGUGGAGAAACAAAGGCUCAUUGGGUUCGCUGAAGCACUCCGAAGUAGGUUAAACUACUUUGAUGAAUUGGAAAAUGCCUCUACUAGCUUUUAUUCUCAGACUAUGAACAUUGGAAAUGAACAGUUUCUCCCACUGUUGAAAAGACUUGAUGAUUGUAUCUUAUAUGUUGAAAAUAAUCCACUGUAUGCUGAAUCUGCUGUUUACUUGGUCAAGUUUCGCCAACUUCAGUCUCGAGCAUUAGGUAUGAUCUGGUCACAUGUCUUGUCGACACUGAAAGCCGCUUCAUCCCAGCAGGUUCAAGCCGCAAUUCGAGGCAGUGGUUCUGGCAAAAAUGCCGUUACAGAGGGUGUGGAAGCAUCUCUUAUCUAUGUUCGUUUCAAGGCAGCAGCUGGGGAGCUAAAACCGGUUUUCAAUGAGAUUGAAAGUAGAUCCUCUAAGAAAGAGUACGCGCAGGUUCUUUCAGAAUGUCACAGUUUGUUUUGUGAGCAGAGGCUGUACUUGAUACGAGGUAUGGUGCAGCAACGCAUUUCUGAGUUUGCUAAAAAAGAGGCCUUACCUUCUUUUACAAGGUCUGGUUGUGCCUAUUUGAUGGAGGCAUGCCAGUUUGAGCACCAGCUUUUUGCUCACUUCUUCCCAGCAUCCGCAUCAGAUGUUUCAAGUAUGGCUCCUUUAAUGGACCCAUUGUAAGAUUAUUUAACCCCCCUUAGUUCUGUUAAAGCCAUUUACGUUCAUGCUGGCAAUCCUACAAGU